GCCGAACAGCUGCCCGAUCUCGAGAGCUCGCCGUGCGUCACAAAGGACCCCAGGGGGACUGGAUGACACGAGGCUGACGCCUGAGUGACAUAAGCCGGUAAGGUUGCUGGAGACGAGAAGUAGCGUGCACUAGUGCGGCGCUAACGCGACGCUGGCGUGACGCAAGCAUUACGCAGCGUAACCGCCGCGUCUCCACAUGCGCAGGCAAGCGGGGUGGGAGAUGGGGGCGAUGGGGGAGCGGAGGCAUUAGACGAAACUUAGAUGGUCACGCCGAGCAUAUAUUGACUCUGACGCGCCCGCACCGCACCGCCUCCGCUCUACCCCACCUCCACUCCACCCCACCUGCAGCCCGAGCGUCGAGCGCGACGCGUCGCGACGCGUCGCGCUAGAGGCGGCCGUGGCGGCCGGGCUCCUCCUCUCCUCUCUCUCCACACCCACUGCUCAUGGCGUCCACCGAUUCCUCCACGAAACCCACAUCCUCGUCGCAGGCGCCGCCGGCUGCUGCUGGCGCUGGCGGCGCCUGCCCCGUCGCCGACACCGCCGGCCAGGCAGGCCUCCUCGCUCGCUGGUGGCCCUUCCGGUCCUCGCGCCCCCGCCCCCACCAGAGCAGCAUUCCCAAGCCAGACGGCUCGUUCUGGGAGUACCCGUCGCCCGAGCAGAUGCAGCGCGCCCUCGAGCGCAAAGGCUACGAGCAGAGCCCGCAUGACGUCCCCAUGAUGGUGCAGGUGCACAAUUUCCUCAACGAGGGCGUCUGGCACGAAAUUGUUGCCUGGGAAAAGCUCGCACGCCCGCACGGCCACCCAACGCUGCAGCGCUUCGAAGGCCGGGCUGCCCAUCCCUCCCCUCGCGCGCGCUGGUACGCGCUGCUGGGCCGGCUGGCCCCCACUCGGUACGGGGGCCCGCCGUUCGACCGCCACGACUGGUAUGUCCAGCGCGACGACCAUUCCGUCGCGCGCUACGUCAUCGACUACUACGAGGCGCCCGACUCGCCCGACGGCGCUCCCGUGUUUUCGCUCGACGUCCGGCCCGCCAUGGACUCCUGGGAGCUGAUCAAGCUGCGCGCAAAAAAAGCGCUCGUCGGCUUUCGCACUGCCGGCAGCGACUCUCCAAACCAGUGAGCCAGUGAGCACGUGCGCGGUUUCUCGCCUUUCCAACUGCCGGCCAUCAUAUCGCUAUCAAUGACAUCAUGAUUAUCCUCGCCCA